AUGGAACGAGCACAACCUACUCGAGCUCUAAAGGAGUACUUCAUCCCAACUCUUUCCAACACUCCAUCAUGUAUUGUACUACCAGAAGUCGAAGGAAAUUCAUUUGAACUCAAGUCUAGAAUGAUUCACUUGUUACCAUCUUUCUAUGGCAAGUCGAAUGAAGAUCCUAACACGCAUAUUCUAGAAUUUUUUGACAUUUGUGGCACAAUCAAGAUCCUAAAUGUCUAUGAAGAAGUAGUUAGGUUGAAAUUGUUCCCGUUUUCAUUAAAGGAUAGAGCCAAAGCUUGGCUUCACUCAUUGCUAGCUGAAUCCAUUAAUUCAUAG